AUGACUUCCUUUCUAUUUCCAGCCACCACGGCGUCCCAGGGCCUGCGUCUACGAAACAACUACGGCCUGGUGUACACGGACAUUGUCCGCGCCUCGUCCGACGCCCUCGACGCCCUUUCUCUCUACCGUGACCUCCUCUUCUCCCAGAACCCCGACGUCGACAGCGUAGGCUUCGCCGCGUUUGACGCGCACGUCGGCGACACGUCGUGCCAGGUCCGCGCUGCCAUGCUCCUCGACCUGACGCGGCAGCACAGGAAGUGGGCGUCCGAGAGCAGCAGAGCCACUUGGCUGGACGAGUACAUUGAGCGGCUCACCGCUGUGCGUGACAAGGCCAGAGACACGCUCGCUGACCUCACCAUCAAGCGCAUCCACCCGGCCAAGCUGGGCAUCGGGGCUACAGAGGACACGCCGGCGGGCAUCCUGGGUAACCUGGGUUGGAGCGAGCCCGACCUGGAUCGUCGUGUCAACGCCUUGUAUCAGCGCAGCGCGCACCAGCUCACCAACGCAUACAAGCUUGGACCAGCGGAUGAGCAUGAAAAAGACAUGCCCUUUUCCCUGCGCACGACGGACUCUGACAGGGAAGGCACUCGCACUCCUACUUCGGACUCGGAGAGUUCAGCAUUCGAGAGACUCACAGAGUCUUCUUUCCCAUCCGAGAUUUCGGACGUCGACUCGGUGCCUUCGUCGCGGGUUUCCGACGCCGGCUCCCAGACACCUCUGAGUGUCCAUCCCGCAUCCGACACCGGCUCCCAAACGCCUCUUAGCGUUCACUUCGCAGAAGCCCUCCACAUCCUUGAUAGUGAUGAAGUCUCCACGUCCAGCUGCAAGACAAGCAAAGAUAAAGAACAGGCCAACGCAACGUCACCCAAGUCAUACAUGUCGCCGCUCCUCGAGGGGCCCGACCCGGCUGCCGCAUGGGACGCGCUCGACGCCAAGAUGGCCGUCCGCUUCCUCGUCUUCUGCUUCACACUCUCCAAGUACAAGACGUUUGGCCGCUUCGCCGGCGGUGUGGGCGGCCGGCUGUACCCGGAAGAGGCGAUUCGCAUCGGCGACGCCAUGGUGGCCGACGUGUGGAACCGGGCCACGCCCGACUACAAGUACUCCAAGGCGACGCGGCGCGUCAUUCUCGAGUUUGGUGCGCUGCAGACAUGGAUGUCGGAGCUGAGCUGCGCUUGGCUGUGCCACACGGCAAAGUACUCGGCAGCGUCUCCCAGUCUGGGAAGUCUGAUGGUAGAUACAUUCAAGACAUCGUCCAAGAGUGUCAGCUGUGUGUCGACGUACGUUGGCUGGCUGGCCAUUCGGGAGCUGUGGGCCAGGGAGGGCUACUCUCUUAUAUUCGUGGACCGAUUCUUUUGUGACAACGGCAAGUAG